UAUACAUAUAUACAUAAUUUACGAAAUACAACGCGCAUCUAGUAGUUAACCUAACCUAUACGAAUACACACGCGUAUAAUUCGUUGAUAAAACAAUAAGAGAAAUAUUUGUGAUGUUCAGUGUGUAUUAAAAAUGUUAUAAGAUAUAGAAUGUAUCCAGCAAAUCAUAAGACUAUUUUCGUAUUAGACCAUACACCUUAUUUUGGUAUAUCCGCGGAAUCCCCAUUAGAAUUUGACUUUUUGAAGAGUCGAGGGCAGAAUUUAAUACCAUUAGCUCCUGUUUGUAAAUCAUUAUGGACUACAAGUGUCGAAGCAUCACUCGAAUAUUGCCGUAUUGUUUGGGAUUUAUUCCCGACUGGCAAAUUGAUUAGAUACGUAGUGACUGACCGUGCGGCUUAUGUAUUGAACUCAUGGAGUCCACUUCAACAAAAUCUAACUCAUAUAAUGAAUGGAACCGCCAUUCUUGGCGUGCCGACAAAAAAUCCAGAACAAGGAGAAGAUUAUUCGGUGAUACAUGGACUAAGAGUAGCUAUAGAAACGCUUAAUGAAUGUUCUGAGAUUCAACACGAAAAGAGAACUUCUUUGAAUGAAAAUAUCAAUAAGCUUUUGAACAGGGGUAGAGUGAUUUGUAUUACAAGUGCAAGAGAUAAUAGUAAUAUGAAAAGUUUAGAAAAUAUAUUUUUGAACGAAUUAACUCAAGAGAAUAAAACAGCUCUAGCUUCUGAUCAUUUGAUGCCAAUAGAUUUCUGUCAUUUAGUUAUAUUAAAUAUCUGCCCUAAUAACAUCGAAUCUCAAGUUACCAGCCAAGGACCAAGAGAGGUCUCUCCUCUUUUGACGGUGGAAGUGCAUUCGAUAAAGGCCCCAGCAUUACAUUCAAAGUUAUCCCAUCUUAUUUUAUCGCAUUAUGACUUAGCCAGUACAACAGUAACGGGAAUACCGAUGAAAGAAGAACAAAAUGCAAGUUCUUCUGCGAACUAUGAUGUGGAAAUAUUUCAUUCCUCUGCUGCGCAUUCUGCAAUCUUGAAAGGUAAUCCACAAGAUUCAGCAUUACUAAAAACAUUCAGAAGAUUCGAAGAAGGUUCAGAGUACGAAACAGUAACAUUAAAAUGGUGUACACCUCGAGGUUGUAGUGCAUCGGAAAUGCAAAAUUGCACGGCAAUGCAUAGGAUCACUCCCGUAGAUGUAAAUAGUAGACCGUCUUCUUGUCUAAUUAAUUUUCUUCUAAAUGGUAGAUCAGUAAUGUUAGAAAUGGCGAGAAAAAGCGGUGGAAAGACAAUAUCUCAUUUACUUGCUGCUCACGGUGGUGAAAUCUUUAUACAUACAUUAUCUACAGCAAGAAGUGUUCUUGAAGAUCCACCUUCUAUCAGUGAAGGUUGCGGUGGUCGUGUCACAGAUUAUAGAAUAACCGAUUUUGGAUCUCUUAUGAGAAAUAACAUGUUAGUGCCUUUAAAACGUAGUCCAAACAGUAUUCCAGAAGGACCAGUGGAAAGAAUGAGACCAAGAUUAGAACGUCAUACAAAAUAUUGGCCGAUAACAAUUUCUAGUACUCUCAUGUUUAAUUUAAAACAGUUACUCGAUCCUUUACCAGAAAUUAUGAUAAAAGAGGAAAUAACAGUGGAAGAGGUUCUGCAAUGCAAACAAAUAAUCUUUAGUAUACUUCAAUUGGAAGCAAAACAUGAAACAUUGUCGAUGCCAAGUAUAGGUGGUGGACGAGUUGGUAAAGGUGGAGCUCGUAGAGAAGAACACUAUCGUUUGUUAUGGGGCGAGUUGGAAACUUUUCUCAAACAUCAUGCGAAUAAUUCUUCUAAUCAUUCCGAAGUUCUAAAUUGUUUGCUCGAAGUAAGAAGCAAAGAUGACAAAGAUAAAGUUGAGUUGGAUCAAGCUUUACGCGAAUUGGAUGGCUUUGGAAAGGAGGAUGGAACUGCACGAGCAAGUGUUAUCAGGGCAACAACGGACUCACCGAUGUCACCGCCAGCAAGUACAUCAAUAUCGUUUGGAAAACAAUUUCACAAAGGGAAUCAUCAUGCACCGAAAACAUUGUUAGAUAUCUGGUUGCAAAGAAGUACACCAAAGGAAAAAAAACCGGAGUUUCAUGGCCGAAUUAACUGUGAGGGUAUUAUAGCUAAAUUAUAUCCUAAUUUGAAAGAAAGUGGAAGAGAACCUAGAGAAACGAUAUUGGAAGGAUAAAUUAAGAUAAAGAAUGAAUAAACAAUACAAUCAGAAAGAUUAAUCGCAGUGAAGAAAAAAGAA